AAGAAACUGCCCCUCCUCCUGCAGUGCAUGAUGGUCGGUGUAUCUGUUGCUGUGAGUGCUGUUGUUUUCCUCCCGGUUGCUCCGGUGUUCCUGUGAUGGUGAAGAGGAGAAACACCGGCUGCUGUGCUUCACACGACAGCUAGCCUCCUGGGAGGCGAGUCCCAAUGCCAUGGCCUCCAGCCACAGCUCCUCCCCAGUGCCUCGUGGAGGCCGAGAUGGGAUCUAUCGCAAGGAGCGGGAUACCUCCCCCCCUCGCUGCCGGUCCAUCCGCUCCCUGCCUGACGUCUGCCCCAAGGAGCCCACAGGUGAGGGGCGGGGCCUGUGUGACGGCCCGUCCGUGGUGGCGGAGCACGACAGGUGGACGGUGUACAGCUCCAAGGUCAACCUCCCCGCUGCGCUGAACGACCCGCGGCUCGCCAAGCGGGAGUCCGACUUUUUCACCAAAACAUGGGGGCUGGACUUCGCAGAGACGGAGGUGAUGCCCUCCUUCUACCUCCCCAACAUCACCAGGGAACACUUCGGGCCCUACCUGCAGGAGAUGGCUCAGAGGGAAAGAAUCCACGAGCGCUGCAAGACGAUCUGUCCCAACAAAGACGACGUGGACGCUGUCUCCAGUAUCACCACCAACCACGAUAAAUCCAGAGCUGAGCUGGAACAAGUCCCGAAGAUCUUCAUGAAGCCUGAGUUUGCUCUGGAGGACCCGGCCACCUUCAACACCGUCCUGCCCUGGUCGCACUUCAACAGUGCCGGUGGGAAGAGCAGCAGAGACGUGGCGUCCUCCAAACUGCUGCAGGAGAAGUUGAGUCACUACCUGGACGUGGUGGAGGUGAGCAUUGCCCGGCAGAUCUCGCUGCGCUCCGAGGCGUUCUUCCACGCCAUGUCCUCGCAGCACGAGCUGCAGGACCGGCUGCAGGAAACGCAGCGGGCCGUGGCCGUCCUGCGGGGCCGAACUGCCGCCAUCGACAGGGUCAUGUGCCAGGGGCCUCUACAGGCCCUCCGCACCGCCCUGACCCGCAACAACUGCGUAAAGCUGCACAACAAACUGAAGUUAAUGGCCGCGGUGCAUCAGACGCAGCCCACCGUGCAGCUGCUGCUCUCCACAUCUGAGUUCGUCGGAGCGUUGGAGCUCAUCUCCACCACCAAGGAGGUGCUGCAGCAGGAGCUGCAGGGAAUCCACAGCUUCAGACAUCUGGGCUCGCAGCUGUGUGAGCUGGAGAAGCUGAUCGAUAAGAUGAUGGUGGAGGAUUUCAGCAUGUACGCACGCAGCGACCUGAACCGCAGCCUGAGGGACGAGCCACAGGUCCUCGAGAAGGUCCACCAACCAAACGCUGCCUCACAGAAGGAGCGUCUGGAGUCUCUGGUGUUCGGCCUGCUGCGGCAGAGGAAGCUGGACUUUCUGGACAUUUACAGCGAUGAGAUGAUCAUGGCUGCGAAGGCCAUCGUCUCUCAGUGUGUGGCAGAAAAUGUUUUGCACAUAGAAGAAAUUGACACUGAAGUCGUCACUAAGCUAGCUGACCAGAUGCGUCUGAUGACGUUCCCUCAGUGGUUUGAGCUGCUGAAAACCGUCUUUGAGAGUUUCCUUCUCUUCCUGCAGAGGAUCAAGGCCACUCUGAGUGUGGUUAAAAACGUGGUUCUGGAGGUUCUGGCAUCAAACCAGAAGAACCGGCUCCUGGAGGAGGUCGGGUCCGGAGCUUCAGUCCAGGAGGCUCCCCACGGCACGUCGCUCCUGCAGGGGGAGGCCGAGCUGGCCUACCUCACCCACGAGGGUCUGUUCAUCAGCGACGCUCUGAACGACGCCCAGCAGCAGCAGCAGGCGGUCCAGGAUCAGAGCUCCACUGUGGGCUCCAGGAUCCAGCAGAGUCGGGUGGAGGCAGCCAGCAGCGACUCUGCAUCCGGGACAUCAGAGACCUCCGUCAGCAGGGAGCAGAGCUUCAUGUCCGGUGAGAACAUGAUGCCCACUGAUCUGGAGCUGAACCGUGUGAUCAAUAACAUCCAGGAGCUGCUUUACAACGCGUCCGACGUCAGCCACGACCGCUGUGUCAAAGUCCUCACAGCCAGAGCCAAGGACGGCUCUCUGGAGCGUCUCAGCUCGGCGGAGUUUGUGUGCCUCUCUCAGGCCGUGGAGGGUUUCGUCAGGGACACAGAGGAGCUGUGCGGCAGGCGCAGCGUCUCCCUGAGGGGGGCGCUGCAGAGCCAGGCCAACCGCUUUGUCCACCGCUUCCACGAAGAGCGCAAGACCAAACUCAGCCUCCUCCUGGAUAAUGAGCGCUGGAAGCAGGCGGAGGUUCCUGCUGAGUUUCAGGAUCUUGUGAACUCCAUUGCUGAUGGAAGAAUAACACUACCAGAGCGCAAAAUCCCAGGUCCAGAGGACAGGAAGCCCACCGAGUUCCUGCUCGUCAACGGGCAGAAAUACGCUGUCGUCGGGACGGUUCUGCUGCUGAUCCGGAUCUUUCUGGAAUACUGUCAGUGUGUUAACGACAUCCCAUCCAUCGCCACCGACAUGCUGACACGUCUGUCGGACCUCCUCAAGCACUUCAACUCUCGGAGUUGCCAGCUGGUUCUGGGAGCCGGAGCUCUGCAGGUCGUCGGCCUGAAGACCAUCACCACCAAAAACCUCGCGUUAGCUUCCCGCUGCCUGCAGCUCGUGGUUCACUACAUUCCCAUCAUCAGAGCUCAUUUUGAGACCAAACUGCAGCCCAAACAGUUCAGCGUCCUCAGACACUUCGACCACAUCACCAAGGACUACAACGAUCACAUAGCAGAGAUAUCUGCUAAGCUGGUGGCCAUCAUGGACAGUCUGUUUGAGAAGGUUUUAUCUAAGUAUGAAGUGAAGGCUCCCAUGCCCUCGGCCUGCUUCAGAAACGUCUGCAAACAGAUGGCGAAGAUGCACGAAGCCAUUUCUGAACUUCUACCUGAAGAGCAGACGCAGAUGUUGUUUCUGAGGAUUAAUGCCAGUUAUAAGAUGCACCUGAAGAGGCAGCUGGCUCGACUGGGGGUCGUUAAUGACGGAGGACCACAGCACGGGCUGGUGGUGGUGGACGUUGCCUUCUACACAGAGAACGUCCAGGCGCUGAAGAGCCUCGAGCGGCUCGACCUGAACAUGGCCGAGAUCUGGGAGCAGAAGAGGUGAUGGAGGACGCAGACGGGACGUCCAGGACCGACCGACUGACCCGGAGACGGGGGGGCCGACCUCGGGGGCCGACGGCGGCCUGCUGAGGGUGGAGGAGGCCCGGAGGGACCAAAAAUACAAAACUGGGAGUAGAAGCGCAGCAACACACUGGAGGCUUCCUGAACUGCUCCACCUUAAAAGACUUAAUCAAGUAACACACAGAGCCUCCUUAAAAACUGCUGCCACCUCAUCUCACUGUGUGCAAUCCAACAGGAAUACUAGUAAAUUAUUAGAGACACUUUUAGUGGGAGCCAAGGGUGUAGAUAAUGUUUAAGAAAUGGCGGGGUAAUUUAUUUUUCUGUCGUCUUGAAAACAUUCUAUACUGUGGCGGACUCUUUCUCCAGAUGUCGGAGCUGAAGGGAUUUUUUAUCACCAAUGCACACUGAGACCGAUUUUUUUCUGUCGCUGGUUUCACAAACGUUUGCUCAACGUUCCCAGCCGAGGAUUCAGGGUUCAGAUAACAGAAUAUUUCUCUCUUUCCUGCUCUGAAAGAAUCAACAGGGUUCCUUCACGGUGUUUCCAGACUUUUUCCAAACCUCCUUCAUCAGCUGGUUUUGGUUUUAUUUGCUGAGGUGACUGCGGUAAAAUGGAUUCUUAAACUUUUAUACUCCAAAACAGGAAUAUAUUCCAGACUUGUUGUGGUCAAGUCCGGGACAUCCAGACAUUUGGAGACCUGGAGGAACCCAAAAAUGUGUAAUUGAAGAGUUAAUUUCCUUAAAAACUUUAAAUAAACAACAUCCAGACUGUGAAAGCAUUGCGACUCUCCGCUACAUCCUGUUGUUACCAAAGUAAAACACUUUCUAAUUCAGGAAAUAGACUCUUCAGCUACACAAUUUUUUUUCCUUCACUCAAAUGAUGCAUUAAAUUUUCUUCAGUCGUGACGAUCCAGAGACGAAGGUGAUUUUUAUACGUGUAGUAAAUGGAUGAGUUUGACUGCAGAACAUGAAGCAUGAAAAUCAGCUGUUGACUCAAACUACUGUUCUCCCUCCUACUGUAGUUUUAUUUAAUCUGCAUGAACAGAACGUGAGCUUUUUGUUUCCUCCGAGGCUCAAAUGACUCAAAAUGGAACAGAAAAUCUGACUUCAUUUCCAUCUCUACAAUCUACAUCAGAUCUUCUUCUUCUUGUUUUUUAAUGAAGAAAACAAACCGCCAGGAUUUAAUCUGCACAAAGUGACACUUUAAUCAAACAAUGCGUCUGCAGCAGGUUCGUCCUGUUUUUCCAAAAUAAAUCAAAUGUCAGGAGGUUAAAUUAAAUUAAAUCUCUAUCGGCUCCUAAAGUCAGAAGAUAAUCAAGUGACCAAGUUGUGUCUCCCAGGUGUUUGUGUUCAGGCUGAUGUUGGUUACAGGUGGUCACGGUCACACACGAGCCCGCUGACGUGAUAUCUGUGUUGAAUAUGAGCAGUGAUGGAUUUAAAGGACGUAGAAAGCUAGCUUGCUAGCUAUUUAUCAAGCUUGCUAAUAAAUGCCGCAUCAUCCAACGUUAUUGGUACAUUUUCCAUGUCCUUACGUUCUUUGCCUGUCUCUGACUCACCGCCAGCCAGGCAGCAUCUCUCAUGGUCGGUAUGAUACAAUAUCAGCUGCUUAAACACGACAACAGUCAGUGUCUAACUUCUGUGGUGAUACUUUGGCUGCUUCUACAAACCGGCAACCGCCAUCCACUGAAGGUAACACGCUGUAGAUAAAUGCGUCAUACAACAACUCGAGUUGAGAAAACUUCAACUCAGAGCAGAAAAGCGCCCCACGUCAUCUCUUUUUUCCCAAUUUUCCAAUGGGGUGAUUUGAGAGGCGGGGCUUCUGUGGUGGUCACAACAACAAGUUUACAGUUAGUAAACAACGGAGGAGAAACUGGUGGUAGUGGUUGCUGAUGACAGACAGCAGGUUGUCAAACUGCCCCUGAGUCAUCCUAAAAUCUGCCUGUAAGCGUCCAUGAUGGAGGAGAAGCUCCUGGACCAACUGGUGGUACUCCCCAUGAUCCAGCCUCUUUUUUAGGGUCUCAUGUACCCACACAGAUCUCUGUUUAUCUGCUGACAGCCUCUCACCCUCAACCAGAGCUACAGACAGCACCCUCUGCCUCAACAUGGCAGCAGCUACACACUGAUUACUGCAGGAUAACUAUAACAAACGGUAGAUUGAUUAUACGGGAAGGUUAGAGUGAGGAGGUGAGGCUUCUGUACUGUCAAACUUUUUUGAAACCUUGGCACACUUCAGCCUGAGCAGAGUCUGAACACCUGGCCACACCUGUACAGGUUAUUACAGCACUGACUGUGUUCGGCCACUCGGGGCGCCAAAGUGUAGUUUUCUUGAAAUGUCAGAUUUUCUGUUCCUGAGUGAAGUUCAGUCGUUCUGCGCUCCAGCCCAACAAAACACACCUGACCAGCUGCGGCCACAUCAUGUCCCGUCUCUGAAAUGGACGUCAACACUACAGGCAGCGUUUGGCUCCCAGAAAGUCCAGGAUGAAAUGACCCCAGGGUCUCAUGUCUCUUGUCUCACUGCAUUAAACAGCUGACAUACUUUCAUAUAAGUAGUUUGUUUCCAGAUUAUAUCCUGUUAUCACGAGAAAGCUCCCGAGGUCAUGUGAUGCGACAGCUGAUCUUGACCGUCCCAGUUUAGAAACAGAAGAGGCUGAAUUCAGAGUGUGUGAUCAUGUGACCGCAGCUGUCAGUCUGUCAUCACUGUCUGCUUCAGAAGUGCCUACUUUUGAUCUGAGACGACACAUCUGAGCUCUCUGCUACAGUGUGCCUACCAUACCACUGUGUGUGUGUGUGUGUGUGUGUGUGUGUGUGUGUGUGUGAGAGAGUGAAUGAGUUGGGUUGCAUGUCUGAGAAUCCAAAAUGUCUUGAAUCCUUCAAACCUGAUGUGAAUAAAACAGGAUGAUGGAGCGA